UCCUCAGAUAAGAUAACCCACCGUCCCCGCAUGGCCGCAUCCUCCCAGUCACAAUUUCCAUGUCCGAACCCUUCACGAGUUCACAUACUAAUGGGAGUUUUGGCUUCCAUUAAUGGUAAGAUCUCUCGGCGACGAUAAAUUUCAGAAUCGGCCCUCUUCAAAGCCUUGAAGAUGCAUUUUGUUCAUCUUCAACCAUAACCUAGCAGAGAUAUGAUGGCCUCUUCUGUCGAAAUCGAUUGCUUCAGAGUCAUUCCCCUCUCACUUCCUUCGAUUUUUCCUUGCCAGUAUGGCCUGUCAUCGAAUACCCUAGCAUUCGCUCAAUCUGCCUCGCAACUGAAAGUAAGAUUAACUUGUGAUGGACCCAGAUCCCUCGUCCGGGUUCCUCGGGAACGAAGGUUUAGUGUAUACAGAAAUUGUCGGAUACUUACGGCUGUCUCCAGAGCUGAAACUAAUCAGGUCGAUGAAGGAGAAGCCAAAGAAUUAUCUCCGGAAGUCGACAAAGGCCCUAACUCCGGAAAAAUGGAUAAUGAUUUAGUAUCUUCUGAGCCUCAGCAGAAGAAAGGUAGUCAGUUGAAGAAAAGAAUCGUUUUCGGGAUUGGGAUCGGAGUUUGCGCUGGUGGGGUUGUGUUAGCAGGGGGUUGGGUUUUCACGGUUGCCCUGGCUGCUGCUGUUUUCGUCGGUGCACGAGAGUAUUUUGAACUGGUCAGAAGUCGCGGAAUUGCCGAGGGGAUGACACCUCCUCCCCGAUAUGUUUCACGGGUUUGCUCUGUUAUCUGUACUCUCAUGCCGAUAAUGACAUUGUAUUUUGGUCAAAUAGAUGUUUCUGUGACUUCAGCUGCUUUUGUGGUUGCAAUGGCAUUGCUUUUACAGAGAGGAAAUCCUCGUUUUGCUCAGCUGAGUAGUGCCAUCUUUGGGUUAUUCUAUUGUGGUUAUCUUCCAUGUUUCUGGGUUAAGCUUCGGUGUGGUUUAGUAGUUCCAGCAUUAAAUACUGAAAUAGGAACUUCAUGGCCUAUUCUUCUUGGUGGCCGAGCACAUUGGACUGUGGGUCUUGUGGCAACCUUGAUUUCUAUUAGCAGCAUAAUUGCGGCUGAUACAUAUGCUUUUUUAGGUGGAAAGACAUUUGGUCGGACACCACUUACUAACAUUAGCCCUAAGAAGACAUGGGAAGGAGCUAUUGCAGGCUUAGGUGGCUGUAUAGCCACUGCACUCGUAUUAUCAAAAAUUCUGCACUGGCCAACAUCCAUACUGAGUGCUGCAGCUUUUGGGUUCUUGAAUUUCAUGGGAUCUCUUUUUGGUGAUCUUCUCGAGUCCAUGAUUAAACGUGAUGCUGGUGUCAAGGAUUCUGGGUCCCUCAUUCCUGGACAUGGUGGAAUACUUGACAGGCUGGACAGCUACGUGUUCACCGGUGCACUUUCAUACUCUUUUGUCAAAACAUUCCUACCACUUUAUGGAGUUUAAAUCUUAAAAUCCCACCAUCAGCCACAGAAAAUAAGAAAACAGGGGAGAUUCCUUGUUCUUCCAUUCUGGAAAUUGAGGCAUCAUGUGCACAAGGCAGGGAACAUAGGAUUAAUAUAAAUUUGUCAUCUCAGAAGGAAAUUGGAUUUAGGGUUAUACCUUCACCAGAUUUUGCAACAUCUCUGUAAAAUCCCUGGUCAGUAGAACUGGAGUCACCUCACUUGCAUUAUUCUGAUGGGCAAUACUUUGAUCCAAGGUACCUCUUCCUAUGAAGCUGGCAAAGGAAUGGAAUCCUUCAGCACGGAUGGGUCUGUCUGUGGUACAGUUGCUUCCUGGGGAAAUGGCCAUACGAAUGGUGAGACAAAUAUAUGACGAGAUUUCCUAUUCUGUGUAUGAACUUGAAAAUUUGUUAUUCAAUUUACAGGUCACCUCAGUAUAUAUACAUGUUCUGAAUGCAACAGACAUUAAGAGUUUCAAUUGUGUAAUUUCCAUUUGGCCCAAUGUGGCAAAGCAAGAUUCGUUUUUUCGAAGCA